UGUAUGGCUCGAGAGCUGACAGAAGAAGAGAAACGGAGAAUAGCAGCUAACAAAGCAGAAGCUUUGCGUCGAGCGGAGGAAAGGAAAAGAAGAGAGGCGCUUGCUGCUGUCCAAGCGAGCAAAGUCGUCGCACAGAACCACAAGCCUCCAACACCGGCUCGAAUGCCUAAAUCGAACGUACACGUGGAGUUUAGUGUGCUCACAAGUGAUAGGCUGAAGAUCCGCUUUUCUCCCUACCAUGUUGCUGUAUUGGAAGCAAUCAAAUCCAUACCGAAUCGUGCCUACGAUGCAAAAGAUCGCACGUGGAGUAUAGAUAUACGGGAAGCGAAGAAAUGUGAGGAAGCCCUCAAAAAUCUUACGGCAGUUGAUGUUACUAUAGAACAUGUUCCCGAUAAUGUAAUGAAACUUUUGACCGAUACGGAAGGGAAGCAUGUUGUUCCCACUGAUUUAUCCUUGAUUAUGGAUCCAGCCUUGAUCGAGCGGUUGUUUCCAUUUCAAAAAAUUGGAGUCACGUUCGGCAUAGAGAAGAACGGGCGCCUCCUGCUCGCAGAUGAGAUGGGGCUUGGAAAAUCCAUACAGGCAUUAACUUUGGCUCGAUACUACAAGUAA